AUAUGAAUUGCUGACAGUCAACAAUCAAAAACAGAGCAAGAGUUUGGGUGAUCUUUUAGAAAUGGAUUCUGCUUCGCCCGACACGCCUUCAUCUCAAGAUGCCAUUGCCUUAAAGAAGGCACUUGAAUGGGAACUCGCAUUAGAUUCAAGAGACUUGCGAUCACAUGCUUGGUAUCAUGGCCCUAUUCCUCGACAAAAGACUGACGAAAUAUUAAAGUCAGAAGGGGAUUUCUUAGUAAGAGAUUGUGCAUCGCAACCUGGAAAUUAUGUGUUAUCAUGCAAAAGCAAAACCUCUCAAACACUUCACUUUGUUAUUAGCAAGCUCGUUCUUCAACCCGAAACUGUCUAUGAAAGAGUUCAAUAUCAGUUUGAGGAUGAACCGUUCGAUACUGUUCCAGAUUUAAUCACGUUUUAUGUUGGAUCUGGAAAAGCAAUCUCAGCGGCCUCUGGUGCACGUAUUCAGAGUCCAUGCAAUCGACUUUAUCCAUUAUCGCAUUAUACAAACAAGUAUGGAAUUCCAUACAGUGGCAGCAAUUCCAGUCUCGGAAGUGGAAUAAAUUCUCCAUCGCCUAUUCCUGGAUCUGGAGCUUUCCGCUUUAAUCACAAUCAAACUCACACAUAUCGAAGUCCAAUGUCUUCGCCACCUCGCACAAAACGAGACGUCCCACCCCGAUUGCCAUCGAAAAAACAAAGAUCACAAUCGUUAACUCCAAAUCAACCACCACAAACUCAAAGAAUUUUGAAUAACGAUAAAUACAACAGCGCUGAUGGUGUGAUACAAGGCGAGCCUCCACCUCAUGUCAAACGUUUAAUUCAAAUUGAAAAAUGUUCAAGUGUUGAUGGAAUAUCUAAACGAGGGGAUGAGAAUAAAGAACCGAACGGACAAACAAUUGACGAGAAGUCUACAAGUGCUGAUGGUAUUGUAAAUGGUUCUCAUUCAUCUCAUUCACUGCCUCGUAAUCAAGUUGCGACAAAUGGAAAACAACAUUUAUCGAGAAGUUCAAGUUUAAGUCGUAAUACAAGUGAAACAUCUUUAAGUCCUUGUGCUGAAAAUAAAUCAUCGGAAACUGAAGAUAGUCCACCACCUAAACCAUUGAAAGAUAGAAAUAAAGAUGAACUUGCACCUGUUAAUCGAUUUGUUUCUUAUCAUGCUAGUGGAUCGGAUUCAGGAAAUGGAUCCGGUGAUUCAGCACAAAGUUCUGCAACUGGUGAAGAAAUUCAACAGAAUCGCUGUGGUGUUGUCAUAAAAAAUCCCCGUUUUAUACCAAAUUCAUCAUCAUCAGUAACACUUAAAAGUUUUGCUGAUAUUGAUCCACAUGCAGCUGAAGAAGCUUUAAGGGCAAUGGAAAUUCCUGUUAUUGAACAAACUCCAACUUUUGAUCUUGAAUUGUUUCACACAGUUUUAUUACCAUACAGUGAUUAUCGCCCAUUAGAUAGUGGAACUUUAUCGACAUUUAGAAUGAUGAUAAGUGAAACGAGUCCAAGAAUAAUCGCCAAUCAUAUGACUCGUGUAGAUAUUAAUCUUAUUUUAGGAGAUCUUGAAAAUACCACAAAGAAGAAUCCUUUAGAUUGUACAGGGAUUGAAUUAUUAUUGUUGGAUCAUGGUCGACAAUUUCGUAAAGAUCUAAUCGAGAGGACGCAGUGCUUGAAGCUUCUUGUUGCUGUCACCAUUUUAACAUGUCCAAAUGAUGAUGAAAGAGCAGAGACGUUGAAUAAAUGGAUUCAAAUCGCAGUUGAUACGAAAACAGCUGCAGGAAAUUUAUUUGGUUUUAGUGCUAUCAUGUUAGGUUUAUGUAUGCCUCAAAUUCAAAAAUUGGAAACUACAUGGCAUACACUACGACAGAAGUACACUGACAGUGCAUUUAAUUUUGAAGCAAAACUAAGGCCAACUUUAAAAAGUAUGAAUGAUUGUUCAAAUCCUCAAGCACCCAAUACGACAAUUCCACAUUUGCUUCCUUAUUUAUUGAUUAAAGAUCGGUCGAUAGAAGAUGUUUUAGAUCCAACAAUUCCACAAUCAUCGCUUGUUCGAACAUGUAUCACGCCAUUCGAAACAAAUACUCAGGACUUUGGUUUUUCAAUAAUGUACGCUCAUUUAGACGUGAUCAGGAAUUUUUGCAACAAUCUAGGGCAAUACAGAAGAAAUGCGAAACUCGUGAUGAACGAUCAAAGUCGAUUAGAUUCGUUACUUGAAGAAGCUUUCCGCACUGAAUUUCAUAUAAAAUUUCUGUGGGGAUUUAAGGGUGCAUUUGUAACAGCUGAAGAGCGGCAUUUGAAAUUCGAACAAGUGUUGGGUAUGAUGGCUGAUAAACUAGCAAAUAAGUCAGAAGUUUCAGCGCCUACAAAUGCCUAAAAACAGAUUCUUCCAACAUGUGAAGAAUGAAGAAACUUCAAGACCAAUCUGUACUUAUACAUAUUUGUACCUGCAUCCAUAGCAGAUACUUAAAGUUUACAUCAAAAAAAUAUACAAAAUUUCUAGUCAUAGAUAAUCACACGAUAAAUAUUAAUUACCUAAAUAAAAUUGACAAUUUGUAAAUCAUGAAAAAUUAUUUGUGAAAAAAGCAGCAAUUUAAUCAACUAAAAUAAUGCCAAAAGAAGACUAGAAAUUACUAAGACAAUUUCUGAAUACUGUUUGAGUAAAUUUUGAUAAUAAAAGAAGGAAAACCGAGUUGAAUUUUUGUAAGAUUAUAUGUAAAUUAGUGGAAAAAGUCAUAAAAAGCUCAAAAUAUUUUCCUGAAAAAAAUUUUCAAUUAAAAAAAAAUUCAAUUAUUUUUGUCUGGAAAAUAUUUAGCGACUUCAUGAUCAAUAAUCCUACAAAUAAAAUAUCAUUGUCAUUAUUGAAUGACUUCAUGAACCUAUUCGAAAUGAAAAUUAUCAAUAAGAGUAAUUGUGAUCGAACAUAUUUAAGGGUCUGUUUUUGUAUAAAUGUUUUUUUUUAUAAACAUACCAAUAAAUCAUAAAUACACCACGAAGAAGUAUACAAAUCAAUGAUCCGAGAUGAUCAUUGAUCACUUCAUUUCCACUUUUCAAUCGACCUUAAAAUUGAACUUCGAUUGCCUAGAAUUUUCUUUAUGCAGAUUAUUAUGUUUUUAAUUUCAUUACCGAUGCACGAAACAACAAUAGACUGAGUAAACAAAUCAUUUUGAUAUCUUCCAUUCAUAUGAGUAAAAACCAGCAGAUCAUACUUAAAUUCUUAUAAAGCUUUUCUAUGCAUUUCUUGUAUAAAAAAAUAUUCAGAAAAAGGAAAACUUAAAACCACGUUUUUCUAAAUUCUCACGAAAGACAUGUAAUCGACCUUAUCGAAAAUUAUGUAGAAUUUUUAUGGCGUUAUUAAAAAGCAGCAACAGCACUUACAAAAAAAAUUAGCAAAAAUUUACACAAAAAUUUGACGGCGAAAUAAACAGUAAAUUAAGUAGCAAAAUUUCCAUUGUCAUUAUACGCGACUUUGACCUUCACCCAAUAAAUUAAAAUGCUUUUUUUUUGUCAACUCAUUCGUAUCGGGAAGAAAUUAAUGUAUUCAGGCGACAAACAAUAAAACGGAAACAUCAAACAUAAAAGAGAACUUUUUUUCUAUAAUAACGUAGUUUGAUAAGUUGCAUAAAACAUUUCAUAACAGUUGAAAUUAGAUUGAGAAAAAUAAAGGAAAAGAAAAUAUA